CUGGAAUAUGGGGAAGAUGUUUGGCAUGAUGUUCUGGAAAAGGCUUCUCUGGCAAGAAACACUAUUUUUUCCACACAUCAAAUCUACCCAGAUUCAAUCAUAGGUGACAUUGCUACUUCUUGUGCUGAACUCACUGGUUUUGGGUCCACAACAGAUGACUUUUUUGAGUUUUUUGGUCGCUGUUUUGUGAGGGGCAAUAAACAUUUUACUCACAUCUUUCACACUUUCAAAAGGUUUUGGAGUCAUUAUGGGUAUGACAAAUUUGUCCGUGCAAGUGGCAGAACAUUCAGGGACUUCUUGCAAGGCAUUGACAACAUUCAUCAUCAAAUGAGGUUUGGGUAUCCAAAGAUGAUCAGUCCAUCCAUGUUUGUCACUCAAGAGCAUGCUGGUGGAGCUCUUCUGCAUUACAAGUCAACGUCAACUCAAGAAUUUUUGUCCAUGUUGACCCAAGGGUCCUUGCCUGUGGCGCCGAGCGAGAAUCCUUGCUCCGUCAUGCUGGCCUCACAAAAUAGAGGUUGCAGCUUUGACAAGUAUGGAAUGCUGGGCAUAAAGAAGAGAAGAUCCAAACGCCCAGGUUUCUCCACUUACGUCAUGGGCCAAUUAUCCCAAGUGGGGUCGGAUUUCUACGACAUGGACCUGGACAUAGAAAUCAAGGAGAUGUCCAGCAGCAGUGACCAGACCCUCACGUCAGCCACACACACCACAGUUUUCUCGUUGCGAUUCGAAAACACUGCCUUUGUGGAGAACCUUCAGCAGCAGUUGAUGCGAGAAAAGGCCGUGGGGAAAAUGCCGGCAGUCAAAAGCGGGCUUUUCCUGAAUCUGUUCCCGUUCUGCGUCAUUUUCGACCGGGACAUGAUCAUCAUUGAUGCUGGGAUCAAAUUGGUGGAGUUGAUUGGGACUGAUGAUUUUGUGGGCAACAAGUUUGGACGGUAUCUCACCAUUCGGAGGCCGAAAAUGGAAGGAAUAUCCCAGUUGCAGAACGUAUUUUUUGAGAUACAAGUCUCAAAGAAAGGUUCAGUGACAAAUAGCGCCAUUGACGAAAUGACCAACGGCCAGUUGCCCGGAUCCACCACAAAUGCCAAUGUGUCAACUGCUGAGGAAGAAGAGGUUUCCCAAUUUCCCUCAGAACGUAGGGGAUCAGUGACCAAUAAGCCUCUAUUACUCAGAGGAAGGAUGAAUGUCAUGCCUGAAUGGGGCUGUUUGGCCUUCAUUUGCAUGCCUUUAAUCAGCAGCUUGGAUGAACUCCAGCAGUUGGGUUUGUUUCUCACAGAUCUGAGCAUGCAUGACUUGAGCAGGGAAAUGGUUCUGGCAGGGUGGCAACACAAUGCCAAAUUCUUUAAGAUUCACACUUUAGUAACCUUCUUGAAAGUCGACAAAGUUUGUCUGAAACUUAAAAAGCAAGAAGAAAGAAGUCAGAGACUGGAGGAAAGCUUGAACUUGCUUGACCAGUGGAAACAGAGAGGAGAUGAAUUGCUGUAUUCCAUGAUCCCACAAACUGUGGCAGAAAAACUGAGGGUUGGAGGGGAUUCCAUAUCCACCUGUCAGUCGAUUGAAGAGGUCACGGUUAUAUUUUCCGAGCUCAUAAUGGCAAAUCAGGAUUCUAUGGCUCCUAUGGAAAUUGUCACUUGCAUGAAUGCUGUUUUCUCUGCUUUUGAUGCCAUUAUGGAUCGCCACGAUGUGUACAAGGUGGAAACCAUUGGUCAAAUUUACAUGUGCGUCUCAGGUGCUCCAGACCCAAACCCAAGACACGCCACCAGUUCAGCACGUGUCGCCAUUGCCAUGUUGAGGGACAUGCACAGGAUUAGGGCCAGCUCUGAAGCUUACAGCCAAUGUACCAUUCGCCUAGGGAUGAGCAGUGGUGCUGUGGUGGCAGGUGUGGUUGGCCUCAAGUUGCCAAGAUACUGCAUGUUUGGUGACACAGUCAACACAGCAUCCAGAAUGCAGUCAUCUGGCUUGCCAGGGAAGGUGCAUCUAUCAGAGCUGUGCAAGAAAUUCCUGGAGGAAACAGAGUUCAAUGUGGAAUACCGAGGACUCAUUACAGUGAAGGGGAAAGGUGACCUGCGAACAUAUUGGCUCAUCACACCAGAUUUUGCCAAUGGAGUGGAUGAAACAACCACAAACCAAUGA